GAGCUGAGCGCUUACCGCCGAGCCCGACCCGGAAAAUCACCCGGUCAGGUUGCGCACCCGACAACCCGGAUCUGCGUCUUCCUCUUCCCCUAUGCUGAGUGCUAACUAGAAACUGCUUGAGCGACAAGCAAGUUGGAUGUUCUGUUUCUCGCCGCGGUCGCAUCGUAUGCUGAGGAUUCGAGCUUCACGUUAGCUGGGAACCCGUUUGAUUGCCGAGAAACUUGCGGAGCAAGGAGCUGAAGAUUCUGACUAUCGUAUAAAGGUUCCGUCUUUCUACCUCCUCCGAGUUUCGUCUGACCGCAGAUGUCACCAGUGGUAGCGGAGUUUCUUCAAUAUCGCUUUCGUCCCGUUCUUGCGAGUGUUGUUAGGAUAUCUGUGCUUUAGCUCUUCCCGCAGCUCCUAGAACUGGGAUCCCAGUUGCUGAAAAUUUCGGACGAUGGCUAAGAUUGGCUUUCCCAGCUUAAAAUCCAUCUGCAAAUUCACUGUCCCUUGUUCGAAGUGGCUGUUAUGUAAAUCAGGCGCUGCAUGUUCAAAGUAUCCUACUCAAGUUCACGUAAGAGCAUCACGUCCAUCUCUUGAUGCCAUCCACUGCUCCAAAGAGUCAAGAUCUCUUAACUAUGCGAAAACGUAUCAGAGAAUGCUGGCUCCUGUAUCAAUCUCUGGUACUACCGGUUACCUGAGAAAACCCACCAAUGGAUUUUCUCCAAAACUAACCCGCACGUGCUGUGGAAGUAAUUUCUCCCCUUUUUUGGCAAGCCCCCUGUUGGAUUCUCGGUCAUUCACAUCGUAUUUAGGUGGCAAACGAGAUACAAGCGAGGAAUCUGAAGUAUCAGCUGUUUCUGGGGCGGGCGAAGCGGGUGAUGGGGACAACGUGGUUGUAUCAAGUGAGUGGUUCGAUAAGAUUAAAGAAGCUUGGCACGGCACCGUUGAUGUGGCUGGUCGCACAGGGGAAAAGGUUAAGGACGUGUCUGAUGAAUUGACUCCUUAUGUGCAGCAGGUGCUCGAUUCGCACCCCUACGUGAAGAAUGUUUUUAUGCCAAUUGGUCUUACUUUGACCGGUACUCUAUUGGCAUGGUUUGUGAUGCCUAGAAUAUUAAGGAGAUUUCACAAGUAUGCAACACAAGGUCAGGCUGCUUUGCUUUCGGGAACCCCUUUGGGAGAAGAAGUUCCUUAUGACAAAAGUGUCUGGGGGGCCCUAGAGGAUCCUUUGAGAUAUCUCGUCACCUUCAUGGCUUUUUGGCAGAUCACCAUGAUGGUUGCUCCUACAACUAUAGCAUCUCAAUACAUUGGGCAAGCAUGGAGGGGUGCAGUCAUUCUUUCAUUUGUAUGGUUCUUGCAUCGCUGGAAAACAAAUGUGUUCUCUCGUGCAUUAGCAGUCAAGAGUUUGGCAGGGCUUGAUCGAGAAAAAAUGCUUGCACUAGACCGACUUUCAUCUAUAGGGCUGUUUGUAAUUGGGUUGAUGGCUUUAGCAGAAGCAUGUGGGGUGGCUGUGCAAUCUAUAAUUACAGUUGGUGGUAUAGGAGGUGUUGCAACUGCUUUUGCUGCCAAAGAUAUACUUGGAAAUGUGCUCAGUGGCUUGUCUAUGCAGUUUUCGAAGCCCUUUUCACUUGGAGAUACAAUAAAAGCUGGAUCUAUAGAAGGUCAAGUUGUGGAGAUGGGGCUCACGACCACAUCGCUGCUUAAUGCCGAUAAAUUUCCUGUCAUUGUUCCAAAUUCUUUGUUUUCUAGCCAGGUGAUUGUAAAUAAGUCGCGUGCUGGAUGGCGUGCCAUAGUCACCAAAAUCCCUUUGCAAAGCGAUGAUCUGGAGAAGAUUCCGCUGAUAUCAAAUGACAUUAAGAAUAUGCUGAAAUCACAUCCAAAAGUUUUCUUGGGUAAAGAAAUUCCUUACUGUUUCCUGUCACAAGUGGAAAGCUCUCAUGUCGAAUUGACUCUGGGUUGUAAUCUCAAACAGAUGGGUAGAGAUGAGUUGUACACCACACAACAAGAUAUCCUUCUUCAGUCUAUCCAGAUAAUUAAGCGGCAUGGUGCUAGAUUAGGCAGCAGAAUGCAAGAAACAACUGGUCAAUGACAUAGUGAGGAGGAAUGCGAGUUUCCAUUUGGAGCUUUGUCUUGCUGACAGUUCACCUUGCUGCAAGGACCAUGUAAAGAUCGGAAGCGUGAUUUCUUUUGUGCUCUUUUGCUGCUGGUUCAAGUCACCACCAUCUAAUGUCGCACUUAUUCGUGGUCCGGAAGCUCUACCUUCACCUACCAUUUCUAAGUAUAUGAGCCUGGUUUCCUUUUUAUGUGGAUUUUGUUGGAAGCUUUGACAGGAACAGGGGAACUUGAGAACUCGGACUCUGGUACGGUGCUCUUUGGGGAAGUUGUUCAUAUGCAUGUACAAAGAAUGAUUGACGACAUCCCGCGGAUAGUGUCAUCUCAUGCGGCUUUUUCUGUUUCUGUUCAUUUGAGAGGCCGUGCGAAAGCCCCAAAUCGUCAGACUAGCGUGAGGUUUGAAAUUGUUAUGGUAGUA